AUGAACAUCGGUGGCUCGCCCGCCUACGUGCACCGCUCUCUCGUUGCAAAGGCUGGGCGGGAAUCUGCCUUCGGCGCCUUGAUCGGCGUGAGUGAAGAGCAGAGUUUGCGUUCCGUCGUGGCUGCGGACGAGGAGGCAAACCUGCCGUACAUUUCACGUGUGCUGGGGUUGUCAGCGGCCAUUCCUACGUUCCAGAAGCGCAUGUUGGUGGAAGGCGGUAGCGUAAUCACCGGCAGCCCUUUCGAUAUUCCGGUAUGGAGUUCCUUGAUUCGAGGCUGGUGCCUAAAAGACUCCAAUAGACUUCGGCUUCUCUUCCGCGCAUCCCGAGAUGGGUUUUCCUUCGAGAAGUUCCGCCGUGCGGUCGGCUGGACCACCACGACGACGAUAGUCCUGGCUUCGAACCAGUCAAGUGGGGCUAUAAAGUCUGGCAGCGAAGAAAAUGCAGUGAACUGCUGUGGGGACAACUCUUCUUCCUUAUCCUUCGGGGCCUGCUUCGGCAAUCACGCCAUGCGCGUGAACUUCCACCCGACCACCGGGUGCACCCUGUCAGUCAGCUGGACGCGAGAAACAUACGAUGUCGACGGAGAAUCCACCUUUCUUUAUUGCUCUCAAUGGUGGGCUUGUCCUGGACGUCGGGUCUUUACAUUGUCCUAA